GGCUACCGGAUUUGGAAAAAUGGAAACUAGUGUAUUCUCGGUAGACAACUUUCUCCGCGAACAUUUUUACCUCGCGACUAGCUACAAUGUAGUAAUUAGGUCACUUAUCCUUAUAUUUUCAAGUCGUCUCUAGGAAGAGUGCAAGUUUAUCAUUUAUCGAUAGUUUUAACCGUAUAUCACAUAUGGCGAUGGUAAUUUAAUUGGCGAGAGGAAACUUAUGACGAAAAAUAAAGCUUGAGAAUGUGCAAUACCAUCAUUUUAUUUAAAUUUAGUGUUUAAUAAAUCAUAGUCAAACUAGGUUCUUCCUAAUAAAAUGCUCGUCGGCUCAACCAACGAGGUGAUUGAGUAUUUUGCUUUCUGCAAUCAUCAAAGUUAUAUAUGAUGAUGAGAAUUAAUUUCAAGACAUUUUUACUGAUAUUAAUUGUUGGUGUAUUAAGCUCUAUAUUCACAUUAUGGAAUAACUGCAAUGGUAAUUUUUUCCUCAGUGGCACAGAUUGGAAGUCUCAAUUUCAGCAUAAAGAACACUUGACUAGUGAACUUGGAUAUCAAGAAAUUGAUUGUCUUGUUAAUGGCAAGAAGACUGUCAGUUGUCGUAAGGAAGGUGAUGAGGUUUAUAUUCCCUUCUCUUUUAUACAUCAAUACUUUGAGAUAUAUGGUAAAAUAGUUAUCAAUGAUGGCUUAGAGAUAUUUGAAUGGUACCAUAGUUAUUCAAAAAUUAAUGAUAGAAAAGUGAAAUAUGAUCCUAGAGGUGUGUUCAUGACAUUUGAAAAUUAUAAUGUUGAAGUAAGGGAAAGAGUAAAAUGUGUAAGUGGUAUUGAUGGUGUACCUAUUUCAACACAAUGGGAAAGUCAAGGAUAUUAUUAUCCAACGCAAAUAGCACAAUUUGGACUGUCCCAUUACAGUAAGAAUUUAACUGAGCCUGAAUCUGUAAAAAAAAUUAUUGAAGAUGCAGAUAAGACUAAACAAGAAUGGAUAGUGCCCCAGGGGUCAGUGAUGAGUCGAAUCUACGAUAAACAUAUUAAUAGUUAUGUAAUGAAAUAUGCUACUCCAGAAACAACUACUUCUGGAAUUUCCACAAAAAUAGAUCAAGUAUUGAAACUUAUGCUUAAACUUGAUCUCUGUAUUAAAGACAAUGGUAGUAUUACUGUUGAGUUACAAUUGAGAGAGAAAAAAGACACAUAUUAUUUGCAUUAUGUGACAAACAAUCUAAUUAUUCAAACACAUAAUAACCAUAUCUACUAUGGAAUAGGACAAGUAUAUAAUCACUGGCGACGUCUAACUAGAGACCUAAUGAUUGAUUUACAAAAGGGCCUCAGUAUUAUUGAAAAACCUAAAAAGAAAUUGUCAAGAUCAAAAUUAAAAGUUGUUAGAAUUAUAUUGAAUGGUUCUGGAAUGAUUGAUAAUCUUACUUUAUCUACAAGUGAACAUAUGGAGCAGUUUUAUGAUGCUGCUAGGUGGUUUGUUGCAAACCAAAAUGUUACUUCUGGUGGGUGGUCAAAUCCUGUCAGAAGAAAAGUUGCUAAUGGAAUGGCUGUUCUUGAACCAGGAUGGUAUUCUGGCAUGGGUCAAGGACAUGCAAUAUCUGUUCUUUCUCGAGCGUAUUAUCAUUCUAGGGAUGAAAAGUAUUUGCAAGCAGCUGUUAGAGGCUUACGACCAUUUAGAGUAUUAUCUAGCAAGGGAGGAGUGGCAGCAUACUUUUUAGAUAAAUACGUAUGGUAUGAGGAGUAUCCAACGACGCCUUCAUCAUUUAUUCUUAAUGGUUUUAUAUAUUCUCUCAUUGGGCUUUAUGAUCUAAAAAGUAUAGCAUCUAGGAAAGAUGCCAAAGAAGCGCAAAAACUGUUUGAGGAAGGUAUGAAUUCCUUAAAAAACAUGUUAACUCUCUUUGACACGGGAUCAGGUACCACCUAUGAUCUUCGACACUUCACGUUGAAAACAGCACCAAAUUUAGCUCGAUGGGAUUAUCAUUCAACUCACAUCAAUCAACUUCUGCUGUUGAUAACGAUUGAUAAUGACCCAAUUUUUAUAACAACUUCUGAGCGAUGGAUACAAUAUAUGGAAGGCAAAAAGGCAGCUCAUAAUUGAUUUUAGACUUUAUAUAAAUGAGUUUUAUAGAACAAUUUGAUAAAUGCAUAGAAAAUUAAGUAAAGUUAUAUUUUUAAAUUUUCAAGCCGUGACAUCUCGGGAUUAUUUGAUUAUUGUGUACAAAAUAUGUUUGUAGCCUAAAGGUUGCAAUUUUUAGUGUAUUAUAUAUUUUUACAGAGUUUAUAUAUACUAUUAGAAAUAUUUAUAAUUUUAACGACUAAUUCUGAUAAGUCAAUGCCUAAUUUUUACACUAAAGAAAAAGUACUUAUGAUGUUUAUGUUAUGACUUUGUAGGUAGAAUGUCCAUUUUUGUUUGAUACACAUAUAUUUAUAAAUGAUUAUAGAAUCUUGUGAUUCUCUAUAGACAAUACAAUACUUUUUGUAAAUUUGACGACCACUGUAGCUAUGAGAUUGGAAUUUAACGCGGAUGAUCAAAUAUCUCAAUUUUUGUAUUUUCCUAGAAGCAUAUUUCUAGAAUCCUAUUGGUAUAAGUGGCAAACAGAUAUUAGUAAUAAAUAUACUGAAUUGUAAAAAUAGUAUAGUUAUAGCUUUUAAAAACUGCUCAUAGACAGAAAAAGUUUGGAUUUUCUGUAGUGCCACUUUUAUUUUCAUUUUCAUAAAAUAAAAAAAUUAAAUAUAUAGAGUACCGUUUAAUUAGGACUUUAGACAUAUCAAUUACAUAGCUCACUUUAAUUACAUAAUUAAUUUUUAUGAAAGUGCUUGCGAUAUAAAAUAAAAUUAGUCUAACAGGGUAGUUGUAAAUAUUGGUGAUACUCAUAAGUGUUCAGCAAGUGAAUGUUGUUUGCUCAAGUAGUGUGUUGAAAAAGUCAAAAUAUUGAACAGAUAUAUUUGACAAACAUUCCAAAGUUUGACUGCACUAAAUAUUUGAUCGUAGAUAAUUUGUAAUCAAGAAAUUUAUGAAAAUGAACUUUUAUUUGCAGCUUUUUUUAUGAACAAACAUUCCAGCAAGUUUUUUAUUUUCUUUAUAUACUCAAUUGUUACAUGUGACUUGUGAUAUUAAUAAAUAGUGUUCAGUUAAUAUAUUUUUAUUUUAGC